AUGAGCAAUGCUGGAACGGUAGUACUGCGCCUGGCACGAAAAGGCUUGCAACAAGCCUCAACAUGUCGAUAUUCCCUCAGGGCCGAGUCCAAGGCUGGACCUGGGGUCACUUCUCUCCUCUCUAAGCCAUUCUUUGCGCGCCCAACGGUUGUGUCAGUGCCUGGAGCUUCGCAAUGCGCCCCCCAGCAACGAUGCUUCUCGCAAUUGACACGGCGCGGCUUCCGCCAGUCAUUUGCAGCUUACAAGCUCAAGCCGUACGAGUCUGACAAGAAGCCAGAGAAAGGCUUGAGAUUUCGAAAAGACGAUCUCAAUAGCCAAGAAGUGAUGACUAUCUUCGGACCAAAGCCACCACCAGUACAAUUCGCCAAUAGGCUCCUCCGAGUCCUACACGGGCGUCGCCUUGAUGGUACACUAGAUCUUCCCCUCCCCGACGAUGUGCAGUCCGAGUUGCACAAGUAUCCUUACGCCUUCGAUGACGGUCUUCACUGGCUGCGGCAGACGUAUCCCAUCGACGAGGAUGCUGCUAUUCUCGCUCGCAUCGAAAGAGAGGAGCAUGCGCUCGAAAGGGACAAUCCUGCAGAAUUAAUGCAGAGGGGGCAAGACCUGAGACUCUACCAGGGGCCACAAAGCGGGCACUACCACGCGCCGCUGAGUGGUAAGGAAGGCGAUGUCUUUGGUGUCAGCGAGUUGGACCGGAUGCGAGCAGAGAAUGAGGCCGCCGCGAAACGGGAAGAGGAGGAGUUACAAGCACAGAUUGAUAAGCGAAUGGCCCAAGUCCAGACAGAACGGUCGCAAUCACUCGCACAAAGGCCCGAACAGGGCCUUGAAGCCGCCGACGAAUUCAGGCCGCCCAACACGUUUGAGAAAUGGGUGCUUCUGGCGCAGAAUCGGGCUCAGUCCAAACUGACGCUUGAAUCUCCUGAGAUCGUCCAAAGGGGUCUCCUACACCGAUUGCUCCCAUCUUUCCUCCUGGUUUCCAUCCUAUGCGGUGCAAGCUAUCUCUACUCCCAAUACUGGGCUCGGCCGAGACAGUCGGACCGCUUCUUCCCGAAUAUUUCACUUUCAUUCGCCACAGUUGGAACCUUGAUUGCGUUGAAUCUGGCGGUAUUUGCGGCUUGGAGGUUUCCGCCGCUGUGGACCUCUCUCAAUAAGUACUUCAUCAUUACGCCGGCUUACCCAUACGCCUUCAGCAUGCUAGGGAGUCUUUUCAGUCAUCAAAAGUUCACCCACCUGCUGGCGAACAUGCUCACUCUCAUACUAUUUGGUGUUCCUCUUCACGAGGAGGUGGGUCGAGGAACCUUUGUGGCCAUCUACCUUUGUUCCGGCUUGGUGGGAAGCUUUGCAAGUCUUGCGCGCCAUGCUGUUCAGCGGAACUGGUUGACCAGCUCCCUAGGGGCCAGCGGCUGCACCUAUGGUGUUGUCGCUGCGUAUUUAUAUCUCCAUGCUCAAUCCCAAUUUUCGAUUUUGUUCCUACCACCUGAUAUGGCAGAAAAGUUUUCGUUUACUGGGGCCACAAUCCUAGCAGCCCUCACCGUGUAUCAUAUCAUUCGUGCUUUGGGACCAGCGAAAAAAAUCGACUAUGUUGACCAUCUAGGCGGUCUCGCUGUUGGAGUGGUGGCCGCUCGCUGGUGGAAGAACAACAGAGAGAAGGAAAGAGAGGAGCACAAAAAGAACACACCGUGGUGGCAGAGCAUCGUGGGAUCCACGAACACGGGCUCUGGCAAGUGA